CUGUCCCUAUAAAAUCGGGACAUCGGGUCACCCUAGGGUGGGGUGAGGUGUGGCUGGGCGACAUGCAGAAGAGACAGUAUCACCAACCCCAAGGGGCCAAAAAUCACGCGUCAUCACGAGAUUGGCCUAAAACGAAGCAAUGAGGUUUAAAAGUCACCCCGGCGGGUCUUCUCCUAGCCUGGAGCUGCCCUCGCAUCACGGCCUCGAGUUUUUCUCCCCGAGCACGGGGGCUAGACACUUUGACGGGGGGGGGUUGUACGUUUGUUUUAAUGAAAACUGAAACAAUCACAUAUUCCAGUAGCUGGGGCAAGGAGAAAAACACCCAAAUUCCUGCCCUGCUGCUGACACACCACAUGGCCACGGUCAGGCAGCGGGAUUGCUGUGACCACUGCCCAGCCCACUGCGCAUAACUAUCUCAUUGGUACCUUGUGCUUCACCUCUUGCCUGGGCUUUAGGCUACGUCUCCACUGCAGCUGGGAGGUGUGACUGCAGUUUGUGAAGCCGUACGGAGCUAGAAUACCAGAGCUAGCUCCAGUAACAAGAGCCGCAUAGCCAUGGCGGCAGGGCCUGCACAAGCGCUGUCGGUCUCCUGCGUACGCACGCUCAUGCUGCUAGCUCAUGCCUGUGCCCCUGCCUUUCAGAGAGAGGACACGGAGAUCGUUCUGGGGGGAAACUGCAAAUGGAAGAGCAUCUUAACGGCAAUGAAAACGCAGAGGGAGGAGGAGAGAAUUCUCUUCAGCAGCAACAGCAGCUGACGGAGCCUCUUAAUUGUAAUGGACACCCGGACAGAGGAGAUGAACCAGGUUAUUCAUGUAACCGCAAGUUCCAGAAACCCGCUCUCGUAGCUGGAGUCUUCAUAGUUUUGAUCAUUAUCAUCAUUGCUCUGGCUGUUUCAGUAGGAAAAUCGUCUAACCCACCUUCAGCUGGUCCAGAUCCUCCAGCCGCUGCCGGCUGCUGCCCAGACGGCUGGGUCGGGUACGGAGGGAAAUGCUACUACUUCUCCGAGGCUGAAGGGAACUGGAACAACAGCCAGAGCCACUGCUCCUCCUUCGGCGCCUCCCUGGCUGGGAUCGACACCCCUCAGGAAAUGGCUUUCAUUAAGCGCCAUAAAGACCUCUCUGAGCACUGGAUCGGCCUCCGGAGGGAACCAGGCCAGGUCUGGAAAUGGACCAACGGCACCGAAUUCAAUCACUGGUUCGAAGUCAGAGCACAGGGUGAGUGCGCGUAUCUGAACGACGAAGCCGUCACCUCUUCUUGGUGCAACACGGUGCGCUACUGGAUCUGCAGCAAGCCUGCCGGACUUACGCUGAGAGAGGAGAAUGGCGCACAAGGGCAAGCAGAGAUGUCGGAGCUCAGCUGAAGUGCUACUGUAUGCACAGGGACACAUGCACCCCCGCCCCGACUUUUCUACUCAACGUAUUUGAGGCAGCAGGAGGGUGAGGGCGCUAGUGACGUGCUGUAUCUUGUUUCUGUGCAAGUGAAGGUGGUCCAGAGCCUCUCAGAAUCUGCUUUUUCCUCAACUGUUCCGGAACCUGCAGGGCUGGCUGUGGAUCCGCAAGCGGCUAGCAGGAGGUGCUCAGGGAGGAGCAAGUGGCGGGUGGGACGAGGUGGAGGGAGAGUGGAGCAGGGGUGAAGCCCCCACUGGGAAAAACAAAAGCCAGUGCCUGUGAUCCAGCUGCUGGCAGUGGCACCCUGCACUUUAAAUCCAUCAAUGUGACUAAAGAAAAGUUGCUGCUGUUUAUCCUUCAGAGGGUACAAUCACUAUAUUUGACCGUGCCACACCUGACCCCCACUAGGGUUAGGGCCCUACCAAAUUCACUCUCUGGCCACCCAGCUGUGAAGGCAGCAGCACUGAAGUAAGGGUGGCAAUACCUCGA